AUGGAAGUAUGUUAUCAGUUGCCGGUUUUGCCUCUGGACAGGCCGGUUCCCAAGCAUGUCCUCAGCCGGAGGGGAGCCAUUAGUUUCAGCUCCAGCUCGUCACUCUUCGGGGCUCCUGAUCCAAGACAGCUGUCUCAGAGACGGGGGGCCAUCUCCUACGACAGCUCCGACCAGACGGCGCUGUACAUUCGUAUGCUAGGAGAUGUGAGAGUGAGAAGUCAGGUUGGAUUUGAACCGGAACGAAGAAGCUCCCACCCAUACCUUUGCAUCGACUUCCGAACACUUCACACGCGGCUGGGCUGCGGGUCCUCGUCGGCCAGCUCCGGGCCUGAAAGGCGGGUCCACAGACUGCUCAGCUUCCAGAGAUACCUGCACUCCUCCCGCCUGCUGCGGGGAAUCCCCCAGCAGAUCCCCCUUCACAUCCUGGAUGAAGACUACACUGGACAGGCCCGAUGCAUGCUGGAAAAAGUUGGCACCUGGAAUUUCGACAUUUUCCUUUUCGAUAAAUUGACAAACGGGAACAGCCUGAUCACCCUGACCUUCCACCUGCUGAACCAGUACGGCCUGGUGGAGCUCUUCCAGCUGGACAUGGUCAAGCUGUGGAGGUUUUUAGUCAUGGUUCAGGAGGACUACCACAGCGACAACCCGUAUCACAACUCAGUCCACGCCGCAGACGUCACACAGGCCAUGUACUGCUACCUGCAGGAGCCCAUGCUUGCAAAGUCUCUGACCUCCUAUGACCUCCUACUUGGACUCCUAGCAGCUGCCACACAUGACCUGGACCACCCUGGGGUCAACCAGCCCUUCCUCAUUAAGACUGACCACUAUCUAGCCACUCUCUAUAGGAAUACCUCAGUUUUGGAAAACCACCAUUGGAAGUCAGCAGUGGGUCUCCUCAGAGAGACCGGACUGUUCUCUCAUCUGCCUGCUGAAGACAGUCUAAGUAUGGAGAGGGAAUUGGGCUCCUUAAUCCUGGCCACGGACAUCAGCCGGCAGAAUGACUACCUGUCGAGAUUUCGCAGGCACCUGGACCAGGACAACCUUUGCCUGAGCAACGCCAGCCACCGUCACUUCAUUAUGCAGAUGGCUCUGAAGUGCGCAGACAUCUGCAACCCCUGCAGACCCUGGGAGCUGAGCAAACAGUGGAGCGAGAAAGUGACAGAGGAGUUCUUCCAACAAGGCUUUAUGACGUACGUGGCGGAGCCGCUGUUUGCCGAAUGGGCCCGUUUCUCCGACACGCGCCUGUCCCAGACCAUGCUGGGCCACAUGGGGCUGAACAAAGCCAGCUGGCGGGGCCUGCAGCAGGAGCAGAGCCCCGUCUCCGAAGAGCCCGAGCCCCCCGCAGGAGACGCCGCCACGGGAGGAGCCAGCCCCAAAGAAAUACCUCAGGGAAGCAGAGAAUCCUGA